AUGGAUAGUGGACCGGAGAAUGAUGUUUUCGAUCUCUUUGGUCUCGAAAAUGACAAAGAUAUCGACUUCGAGACCGCUUACAAGAUGAUCAGCAAGUUUGACGAGGAAAUCUCGUUGUUCAACGAUGGAUCUGCGCUCCCGAAACUGGAUGUUGCAGAGCACAAGAGUCUAGAAGUUUUGGCGUUUCAUCAUGGCUCACCGAAGGAGCUACAUACAGAAGAGCAAGCCAAAUUUGAUGAACUGCCGAACUGGGACAGUCAUUCGAGAGGAAAGAACGGUUCAGAGCAACAAGUGGCACAAUUAAAUAAUUUUGAAGAAACUCAAGCGCUGGCAAGAGCAGAACUGUUGAGUAGGUAUGAAUCUAAUGCCAUUGAGCAUUUCCUAGAUAGCUUAAUAUCACAGAAAGAUGAGCGCACGCACUCUCAUGACAUAAGUGAGACUAUAAACAUGGCGGAUCUUGAGAUGCCGACGGAAACCAAGCAGGAAAUACGGACGGAGAACACGGAACCAGAUUCAUUGUCGCUAGACGUUUAUAUACCGCCAAUCGUGAAAGUCCCAGAAUUUGCAAUCAGUGACUCGGAUGCACCCAAGGAGAUAACAGAUAAUGCUACCAAGCUGCGUAAAUGGAAACAUGUAGAGACUGAAAGGUUGAGGAGGAACAAUAUAAAGAAAGUUUUUGAUGAUCUGAUAGGCAUGACAAGAUAUCCCAGGUUAACCGAUCCAAAGAUUACCAAACCAACCACUGAAAAACGUGUACCGAAACAUAUGCUUCUUAAUUUUAUUUUGGAGGAUCUACGACUAAUACCUCGAGCUAAUGAAGAGCUGGAAGUGAUGCUCAGAGAAUGUGACCGCAUAAAAGGUUGA